AUGUCUCUAAAACGCAUCGCCCAAGAAUAUACAAACCUACAAAGCGAUCCUCUGGAGGCAUGCUCGGCGGCUCCUGCCAACGACGACAACCUGCAACAAUGGAACGCCAUGAUCACUGGUCCUCAGGAUACUCCAUACGCUCAAGGAACAUUCAGAGUCAACAUCCACUUUCCAGAUAAUUAUCCUCGUAGUGCUCCUCAUGUCAAUUUCUCCACCCUCACCUUCCAUCCCAAUAUCUCGGUGCAAGGAGAGGUGCGACUUGCAGAGCUAGAGGAACUACAGUGGUCUCCUGCUUUUACUGUUCGGACUGUUCUUAUUUCUCUUCAGGCUAUGCUAUCGGAUCCGAAUACUUCAGGAGGUUGUGUCUUAAACGAGGAGGCUGCGAAGCUAUAUCUAGAAGACCAUUCAGAAUUCGAGGAGAAAGCACGUCAGUGGACGAUGUCUUAUGCUAACGCAAAAGAGAAGGAGUCCCAUAGAGGCGUUGAUGUUUAG